GGGGCCGGCUGUGGGGGCCCCUCCCUGGCCACUGCUGAGCCUCGGGGUCCAUCCCCCCCUCCAACCUGGCAGCAUGAACCCCUGCGGGCGCGCCAGGCGACACACAUCCAGAGGGGCCAUGGCCGUCCUGGCGUGGAAGUUCCCGCGGACCCGGCUGCCGGUGGGCGCCAGUGCCCUCUGCAUCGGGGUCCUGUGCUGGCUCUACAUCUUCCCUGUGUACCGGCUGCCCGACGAGAAGGAGAUCGUGCAGGCGGUGCUGCAACAGGGCACGGCGUGGAGGAGGAACCACACGGCGGCCAGAGCCUUCAGGAAGCAGAUGGAGGAUUGCUGCGACCCUGCCCAUCUCUUUGCCAUGACCAAGGCAAACUCCCCCAUGGGGAAGAGCAUGUGGUACGACGGGGAGUUUCUGUACUCAUUCACCAUCGACAACUCGACGUAUUCUCUCUUCCCCCAGGUGACCCCAUUCCAGCUGCCCCUGAAGAAAUGUGCCGUGGUGGGAAAUGGUGGGAUUCUGAAGAACAGCGGCUGUGGCCGUCGCAUAGAUGAAGCAGAUUUUGUCAUGCGAUGUAAUCUUCCUCCUUUGUCAAGUGAAUACAUCAGAGAUGUUGGUUCCAAAAGUCAUUUAGUGACAGCCAACCCCAGCAUUAUCCGGCAAAGGUUUCAGAACCUGCUGUGGUCCAGAAAGACAUUUGUGGACAACAUGAAAAUCUAUAACCACAGCUAUAUCUACAUGCCUGCCUUUUCCAUGAAGACAGGGACCGAGCCAUCCCUCCGGGUUUAUUACACACUGUCCGAUGUCAGUGCCAAUCAAACAGUGCUCUUUGCCAACCCCAACUUCCUGCGUAGCAUUGGGAAGUUCUGGAAAAACAGGGGAAUCCACGCCAAGCGCCUGUCUACAGGACUCUUCCUGGUGAGCGCGGCCCUGGGCCUCUGCGAGGAAGUGGCCAUCUAUGGCUUCUGGCCCUUCUCCGUGAAUAUGCAUGAGCAGCCUAUCAGCCACCACUACUACGACAACGUCUUGCCCUACUCUGGUUUCCAUGCCAUGCCGGAGGAAUUCCUCCAACUCUGGUACCUUCAUAAAGUCGGUGCACUGAGAAUGCACCUAGAUCCUUGUGAGGAUGCCGCUCUCCAGCCCACUUCUUAGGGACAGCAGGAAAAGAAAAAAAAAGAGAUGAUAGAGAACCAAGCCAGGGUAUUUUUCUGUUGUUGUUGUUGUUGUUAAGUUUUCUACAUGACUCUAAAAGGAAAUGGCCGAGUGGUUUUCUGGAUUUGCAAGGACCACUUGGGAAAACUAAAACAACCAGAAUCCAAGGGAAACUGCUUUUAAUGUUGACUUGGAGGACCCAUAAGAAAAGAAAUAGCCUGUGAAAUACUUUAUAAAACACAUGAUGGAUUUGCAACUAGAAAAAUGAUAAUAAAAUGAAGUUGAUAACGGGCUGUUUACAUGCCUCAAAUCUAGAAGGUACAACUCUCAAACAAGGAACUCUACUGGUUGAAGAAAUGCCAGGACAAGAGUGCUACUCUUUAUGAGCAUAAACUGGAUUAAUGAAAAACAGACAAACAAACAUUAAGACUUAGAUUACAACUGUAGAUUUUUUUUAAAAAAAUCAUUUAUUUUUAACCUGUUUAGGCAGUGAGUGGGUGAUUUAAAAAAAAAAAACUUACUGAAAAAUGCUACAACUGAUUAGUAUGGUUUGUUGAGCCAAGUCUAUGUUAUCAGUAGUUCCUCUCUGUUUAAAAGAUGUUAGUUAAAAAUUGCUUCCUCCCCUCUUGUCAAGUCUAUUUAGACAGUGUGCAGCGUUGUUACAUUAAGGCUGUGUUGAGCCAUUGUCUCACCUCCUCAGAAUCUAGGGCAUCAACUCUUUUACAAAACCCUUUUACUCACAUCAUGUAAAACUGACCACAUUUUCACUGUUACUUUUUUUUUUUUAAUACCAGAACACUGCUCAGCUCUGGCUUAUAGUGGUUGAAGAUUGAACCUGGGACCUCAGAGCCUUAGGCACAAGUCUUUUGCAUAAAUUGUGCCAUUUCCCCCACUUAUCUUACUGCAAAAAGCACUAUCCCUUCUCCUCCUCCUUGUUCUCCUCUCUUUCUCUCUCACAAACACACACACACACACACACACACAUUUAUUUACAAUUUAGCACCAUUGUCUUCAUCCUUCAAAGUUCAGAGAUGAAGUAAAGCACAAUGAUAGGAAGCUUACUCUCUGGGGGACAGAUGGGAAGCCACACCCCCUUUUUAUCCAUGAUGGUGCAGUCAUUGCAGGAUGAGUCAAAGCAUGCACACUUGCACACAAGCAUUUCGUUCAUGUGCUCACAUGCUUUAAGCUCAUGCCCAUGCAUCCAUGAAAGCUAAACCCACAGGACCAGUGUGGCAAACACCAGCGACCAGGGUUGGAACGCUCCAAGUACAUUACAUGCUGCCCCUCCCCAGUCCUAUUGAAAACGUGCAGCCUCCUGCUUGCCAUGCUUAAUGCUCCUGCCAGCAGGAGAGGCAAGUCUUCCCCACCCAGCCUCGCCCAGCAUCGCUUCCCUCAUUGGGUGAGCAGCAUCGCUUCCCUCAUUGUGACUCUCCAGCAUCUCACCUACAGACCCCUUGCAGAACGUGAUCAUGGUGUGUAAGCAGAGGGUGUAAGUGAGGAGCUGCUUCUUUCCAUUACCUCUGACCCACUGCAGGGAAUAUGAGGGCAGACUACAAGUAGUCCCCUGUGUUUGCAUGCAAGGGAAAGGAAGGCAGGGAUACUUCUCAGUGUCUUUGUGCCUGGGGAUGCCUUAAUCCUAGAAACACUAGAAAUCACUUUCGUUUUUAGUUUCACAAAAAUGUAGGUAAAUUGUGCCAUAAAGUUCUGCAUCAAUCUGAUGUAACUACUUCCCUAAGGUUUUGUUCACUUAUUAAUGAUAAAGAAUGAAAGAAGGAGAACCAGAGCAUCCCUCUGGCAUAUGUUUUGCUAGGGAUCAGUUUUGCUUGAGGAUCCAGCAUCUUAGCCAUAAUAUCACCUUCUGGGCAGCUCUGCUUCAGUGUUAGUGGCAGAACCUUAAUACACCAUGAAGAUUAAAACAGAUGGCGCUUUGCUGGAUUAACUUAAAAAAAAAAAAAAAGCCAAGAUCACAGAGCCCUUGGUUAAAAAAAAAAAAAAAAAAGAAAGAAAAGAACAACAUUGGAAUAGGUCAUUUCGAAUUUAGAUUGAAUAUUAAGAUUCCUAUUGAAA